CGCUUGUUCUUCUUUUCUCUUGUGAAUUAAUUUCUUUUCCAUUAUUAUUUUCUUUAUGGCAAUUAUUUUUGGUUUGUUUCUUUACUUACUAUUAGAGUUAGAAAUUUGAAAAUAACGGAUCUGGUUUCGGGAUAUAGAAAUUUUUUUCCGGAUCAUCUCGAAAAUCAGGAUUUUGUUAGACCUUUAUUUAAAAUAUUUUUUUUAAUUUAGUUGUCAAUAAGUUUAUUGUUGACUGCCAAACCGUUACACUUUAUUUAGGGUAUACCUCAUUAUAAGAUUUAAAUUUUUAACCAUGAAUAUUUCUUAUUGUUUAUCAAUUUCUUUACUUUUUGGCAAUUUAUUAAUUUUAAAUUCCUUCUUUUCAAGUUCACUUAUUUCAAUUUUAAUUAUUUUUAUUAUUCACAACAAAAUUUUAAAUUAUUUAAAAUUACGUCCAUUAUUUAUAUUUUUACAUUUAUUUAUUUAUUUUUUUGCUGCAAUAAGCAUUAAAUUGUUUUUAAAUAAAUUAUUUGAUUUGAAGGAUGACAAUAAUGUUUUCGAAUUGUUAAAAGCAAAAUUAUUUCCUAAUUAUGCAAAUUUCCAUACUCUUUUAUAUACUUGUGCCCCAGAAUUUGAUUUUUUGCAAUUUGAGACAAUUUCAAAAUUAAUUUCAACUUGGUUAUUACCUUUAAACUGUUUGGUUAUUUGUUUUUUGUUUGUUUUAUUUUAUCGUUUUGAAUUGGCUAAUGGAAAGUGGCUUUGGCGGUCUGAUAAAAUUGAUAGAUUUUGUCCAGAGAUAGCCUAUCAUUCAACUCAAUUAUUUAUUUUUAUAAUUUUGGCUUUACUUUUUAUGCGUCUAAAAUUAUUUGCAACUCCCCAUUUAUGUCUUUAUUUAUCUUUAUUAUCUUCUAACAAAAUUUGGACAAAAAUAGAAACUAAUUUUAAAUUAAUUAAAUUAAUUUUUGUUGGAAUUAUUUUGGCUGGAAUGGCAAAUAAAGGAAUUAAGAAUAUUCAAAAUCAAUUGGAAAUGAGGGGAGAAUAUAAUAAUCCUGAACAGGAAAAUUUAUUUAUUUGGAUUAAUGAAAAUACUUUGAAAGGUUAA